AAUACAUUCACUUUAAUUGUUUGUUUUUUACCUCACAAAACAUUUAGAUUUGGUGAAUAGUAAAAUUUACCAUCGAUAUAGAUGUUUUAUUUAAUUUUUGACGCAAAUAGAUGAAAAUGGAUUAUUACAAUAUAACUACACAAUUAACCAGAGGAAGUUUUGGCACGAUCCACUUAUGCGAACGUAUCCAUAACAAACAGAAGUUAGUUCUAAAGCAAAUAGCUUUAGAAAUGGAUGACAAGCAGCUACAGGCAGCUAAGAAUGAAGUUGCGGUUUUAAAAUCUUUGAAUCAUCCAAACAUUAUUCAAUAUUACGACAGCUACGACAGGAAAGGUAUUUUUUACAUCGUUAUGGAAUACGCUAGCAAUGGAACUUUACAAAAUCUUAUACAAGAAGAAAGACCAAACCAUUUCCCUCCACAGUUUGUAAUGGAUCUGUUUUGUCAAAUUUUAAUGGGACUGGAUCAUAUACACCGAAAGAAAGUGAUUCAUCGAGAUUUGAAGACUGAAAAUAUAUUUUUAACCGGAUUAAGAGGAGACGUAGUCAAAAUCGGCGAUUUCGGUAUAUCGAAAAUGUUAGUAAAUGAAAACAAAGCGAAUACAAUUAUUGGCACUUGUAAUUAUCUAGCUCCAGAAUUGUGUAACGGUGAAUCGUACAAUACUAAAUCCGACAUUUGGGCCUUGGGAUGUAUAUUAUAUGAGCUGUGUGCUAUGGAGAAGUUGUUCACCGGAACGGUAUCAAAUGUAGUGCUCUCGAUAGCCAGCGGACGUAAAAAAUUAGUAAAUACCAAAUUAUACGGAAAACAGAUGCAAGAAAUUAUUGAUAUGAUGCUACAGAUUGAUCCCAACAAAAGGCCCGAUACAAUCGACUUGAUGACAGAUCCGGAUAUUUUUUCCACCCUGUAUUCAUUGGGCGGAUGUCUAGGAUGCAUUGACGAAUAACUUGAAAGUUUAUUUUAUGAAAAUUUUUAAAGUGUAUUUUUUUUAAAUUGAUUUGAAUCUAUUAAUGCUCGUUUUUAAAAAAUUGUCUCUUUUUUAUAAUACUUGUUCAUCAAAUAAAAAUUGAUCAACACGU